UUCACUACCAUCUGUCUGUCCGAACCGAGUAAACAAAAUUUCUGUUAGUUUUAUUUGACGUGUUUUUCAUAUUUUGGAAAUCAAAAAAGACCAACGAUCCUUCAAGUAUGGCAAGCAAAUUCUUUUAUUUUGGUUUCGGUAGCAACAUGCUUGCCAGCCGAAUUCACAUACAAAAUCCCACGGCAAGAAGGAUUGGAGCUGGAAAGUUGGAGAACUUCCGCCUGGACUUUCACACUGGAUCAAAAAACUGGUUGGGGGCUCCCGCCACAAUCGUGCCCACUCUAGGAUCUCACGUUUUUGGAACCAUUUGGGAAAUUGACAUGUGCAACCUGAAGGAUCUGGAUGAUCAAGAAAGUGUGCCCGAUGGCGUAUACAUUCCGAUUAGCGUGCCCGUUCACUCGUUGACUACCGAUACCAGUAUCACCUGCCGAGCCUACCACCUCGCAAAUCAGCCCCAAACAGAUUUACACUCAGUUGGUGGAAAGGAAGACAUUCCCCUGGAUCGUCAGCCGUCACAAACGUACCUCAAAGUUUUGGUGAAGGGAGCCAAGGAAACCGGUAUUCCAGAGGACUACAUCAAAUGGCUUAAGGGAAUUAAACACAAUGGUAGACAAGUGCCAAUCUUGGAGACCAAACUUGAAUUGGACCAAGUGCAACUUAGUUGACCAUAUAACAUAUAACGAGGAUUUUAUUAAAAAAUUGAUGGAGGAUUUAUUAACGCUUAUGAAUGUACAAACGAGAUUAUGUUUGAUAAAGUUUAAACAGGUUUUCAAUACAAAUAUUAAGAUACCACCUUGUUGCUAAAAAUAAAAGUCAGAGCUCUUUACCAACA